ACAUAAUGCAAGUUUAUUGGUUGUCAAUGAAAACAAAUGGCCGCAUCCUUAGAUUUUGAAAUCCUGCCAUGUAUGCAGCAUGCGAUAAUACAAUGUACCUAUGGAUUUAAUCUAUAAAGUUUAGUAUAGUGGAGUUAGGAUAGACCAAAAUGAGUAGAAAACUAAAAGAUCCACGGACUUUAAGGUUAUUUUUUUCUUCUCCAUUUGGCGGUAUGGAGGAAGAACGAGAAGAGCUUACCAGGAAGUACUUCCCUCAGUUCCAUCAUUUAUGUAAAGCUCGGGGUAUCCAGUUUGUUGCUGUAGAUAUGCGUUGGGGAAUCACUUCUGAAGCUGCUGACAAUGCCCAAGUCAUCAAUAUUUGUCUGAGGGAGAUUGACAGAUCAGAUGUUUUUAUUGGAUUUUUUGGCCAGCGUUAUGGUUGGCAUGGUGAGUCAGAUGAGCUUUUGCAAAGGAACUUUGAUAAUGCAGUUGGCCGCUACUCUUGGUUAGAUUCUGUUAGAAACAAAAGUGUAACUGAACUGGAGUUUCUUCAUGGACACCUCAAUAAACCAGGAGAACUACCAGCUGCCUUUUGCUUCAGAAGCAAGGUAUAUGAUGAUUUCAAAAGAAAAGAAUGUUUAGAAAUGGGAGAUAAUAAAAACAGCAGCAAAUUUACAGCAGAGAGUGAACAUUCUACAGCACUACUGUCAGAUUUGAUAAGAAGAGUGAAAGAUUCAGAAUCACAUUGUCUAGGUGUGCUCCUAGAUUAUGCUAAUCCAGUAGAGGGUGCAAAAUUUAUGUUUGAGAGUGUUUGGGAGCAUUGCAAAGAACUAAUUUCUGAAAGUGAAAAUGUUGCCUUAUCUCCCUUGGAUCACAUUAGAUUAAGCCAUGAUACGUUUAUGGCAUUUUGUACAUCACUUUACAUUGGAGGAAAAACCUAUUUAAAUGAACUUGUGCCCUCAAAAUUAAAAGCACACCCAAAGGUACUUGUCAAGGGCCCAGCAGGGUGUGGUAAAUCAGCACUUUUGGCUAAUCUUGUUAAAGAGCUUAAAGUAACUGACUUCAGUCUGCAAAUCAUUUAUCAUUUUGUUGGAUGUGCACAGGAAACAACAGAUCCAAAAAGUAUCCUAAAUCACAUCCUGCUUGAGCUUCAGUUUAUAAAUGGAAAAAUAGAAGAAGAAAAAAUGCAUGAAUCUGGUUCUGCAAGUAAAAGUAGCACCAAUGCUUAUGAUAUUUAUCUAAGUGUUCAAAAAGAAAUGGGAUAUGCUUCAUCUGAUGGGAAAAAUGUGCUAAUUGUAAUUGAUGGACUAGAUAAAGUUAAAGCAAGCUCAAAAACAGAAAAACAUCUAUUUUGGCUACCUGAAAAGUGUCCAUCAGGAAUUUUCUUAGUAGUUUCUACUAAGUCAUCAGAUAAAAAUACUAUUGAGCUUCUUGUAGAGAAACAGCAAUUCUACGAACUUGAAAUACUACCUCUAGAACGUGAGGUGCAAGAAAAGAUUUCUAAGGAAACAUUGAUGAUAAAUGGAAAAGAACUUUCUACACAGCAGUUACAAAGAGUUGUUGAGGCUGAACAGACAAAGAAUCCAUUGUUUCUUAAAAUUGUUUUAUCUGAAAUCUCCAUUUAUGGAUAUUUUAGACUGCUGGAUAAGAAAAUUGACUCUCUAAUUUUUUCAAAUGGUGUAACCGAUGUUUUAAGCAAAGUUCUACAGAGAAUGGAAGAGGACUACAAUGUUAAGACUCCACCAACUCCAGUGGUCCAACAGGUUCUGAGUGCAUUGGCAGUCUCACAUAAUGGAUUGACAGAAACUGAAAUUUUAGAAAUGUUUAACCUCACUUCUCAUGUGUGGUCACCAUUUUAUUUUACCAUUGAAAAUUUUUUAAUUAUUCACAAUGGCCUGCUUAGGUUUGCUUUCACUGAGCUGCAUCAGGCAGUAACAGAGCGGUACUUAGACACAGAGGAUAAGAGGUCAGCUUCAGCUCAUCAUUUAAUCAAAUAUUUUGAAAGAUUGAGACAAGAAAAUAGAAUCACCUCUGGUAUUAUCAGCAGUCCUUCAGUUAAAAGAAUAGCCACUGAACUGCCAUUUUUACAGCUUGAAGUGAGAGACACUGAUGGUCUGGUUCAAACUUUGUCUGAUAUUAAUAUUUUCCAUGAACUUGCAAGCACACAUGCCUAUGAACUUAUUAGCUUAUGGGAAUCAACUGGAUAUGAUCAAUACAAAAUAUGCGAAACACUGAUUUACUCUGUUGACCAAGCAAUUACUGAAAUAUAUACAUACCAGAUGGAACACCAAGUCACUAACCCAGAGCCCCCUGGUUACAUUCUGUACCCUGUUCUGAAAUCAAUGAAAGAUAUGUUCUCUUUAGCUAGUCACUACAGAGCCCAAGUUAAAAUCUUGCAGCGUACAAUACAGAUUUUGGAAGGAAUUAAAACCAAAAUACCUGAAGAUGUAAGGUUAACACUUUUAAGAGACAGCCAGUAUUAUUUGGCAUGUGCUUAUGUGGACAAUACUGAGUAUGAUAAAGCUCAGUCUUUACAUGAAGCUGUCAUGACUGAAUGUAGAAGGCUUCUCCAAGAGACAGAUGAUAAAAGAAUAAAACAAACUUUAGCAUAUUCCUGUAAUGGGUUGGGUGUUCUUCACUUACGACAAAAACAUUACAAAGAGGCAGAGCCUUUAUUUCUAGAAUCUGUCUCACUUCAUAAAGAACUUGGCAAUUUGCAGUGUGUAGCAGAGGCAACUCAAAACAUUGGAGUUAUUAAGUUAGAAAAUGAUGAGCCUGAAGUGGCUUUACAGUAUUUCAAUGAAGCUAUGCAGACAUUUGAAGAACUCUACUUUGGUUACUUACCUUUGGUUGUAGGAAAUCUUCUAACCAAUAUGGCAAUAUGCUGGAGAAAAAUGAAUAAUGUUGAAGAGGCAGAAAAAAUGUAUUUGAGGUCUCUAAAAGUGAAAGCAAAUGCUGUUGGGUGGAAUCACGAAGUGAUAGCAACUUGUUAUAUGAAUCUUGGAUCGCUUGAGUUCUAUCGUAAAAACUUUAUUGAAGCAGAAGAUUAUACUAGAAAAGCCAUAAAAAUUCUAGAGUUCAAUGAAGUCAAACUAGAACAAAAUGAAAUGUGGCAAGCACAAGAAAAUCUUGUCUUAAAUCUCAUCAGUAUGAAUAAGUGGGAAGAGGCUCUUCCAAUUUUUUUGAAUGUUUUUGCAAUGCUUCAGCGAACAAAUCAAGUGGAUCAAGGGGCUGCAACAGUACACAGGGAAAUGAUAAAAUAUCUGACACAUAUAGAAAUGUUUGAAGAAGCUGCAGAAGUUGCCAUUAGUCACAUAAACUCACCCAAGCUGAGGUUACCCAAUACAUUUAUACUUCUUGACUAUUGUGAUAAAAAAGCAGCAGCUGCAUUAAAAAAUCCUCCUGAGAGACCAAAGGAACAAACUGUUGAAUAUGCUUUGCACAACAUUUGGCCAGGAAAUAAUGAGCUGACAGCAUAUUUUGUGCAGAAUUAUGUGUUGCCUUCAAAUGACUACAAUAGACUUAAAGAGUUGGUGAGGACAAUGGAUAAAAAUAACCCUGAUUUUAAUUGGACAUCCUACAAAGUUGGUGCUGAAUGGUGUGAACUCAAAGACAAUAUGGAAGCUGCUAUUUCAAUUUUACAAGACGGCCUGGAAAUGUACCCAAAUUCAAUUGAGCUGAAGACAAAAAUAUUUGAUUGUUAUCGCUUAAUGAAGCGGCACACAGAGGCAUACCCUUACCUGAAAGAAGUGUUAGCAAAUGAGCCUGAGAAUCAAUCUCUGAUGCUGGUGGCUGGUGAUGUGGCUUUAAAAUCAGAUGACCUAGAUCUGUGUAUGGAGCUGUGGGAAAAAGUUUCUCAUAUGUCAGACGAGAAUCUGGCCAAUAAGGCAAAGAAUGCACUACAGUCUUUAAGAAAACUGCUGAAUGCUGAACAAGAAACUAAUUCUGUGGACCAGCAUGUAGAAUAGGCUACAAAGGUCUGAUGCUGUUCAACACAAGAAAG